AUGAUGCUAACAAUAAGUGGAUUGCCAUUGACGACAACGUAUAAAGACAUAAAGUUGCUGAUUAGAAAGCAGUGUAAUCUGAAUGACUUCAUUUUGGAUGAACUGGUGAAAGACAAUGGAUUGAAGAAACAAAACCCGCAACAGAACUUUGGUCCACAAGGGAACUACAACCAGCCGCGUAAUGAUUACCAGCAAGACUACCGUCCACAAUGGGAGCCCAACAUGCCAGCGAACCAGUUGACGAGCCCGCAGUGGUCCGCCAACUCAGGACCGGGGCCAAAUAACAACUCAUUUGGGUACCAGGGCCCUGGACCUAAUAAUAUGCCACCUCAGCAUCAAAAUAUGCACCAAAAUCAAUACUCCAACCAGCAGUACGGCCAAGGCCCACAGAACAUGGGUCCAAUGGGCUCCAACGGCCCAAACAUGGGCCCGAAUGGUCCCCACGGUAUGGGGCAGAUGAGAGAUGGGAAGUUUCAACAGAGAGACCAGUUCCAAAGGCCUCAGGAGCAGGGUUACGGAGGACCAGGAAAUGCACCGGAUUUGGGACCGCCAGGUCAACGACCCCACGUGCUCCGCACGGUGGAAAUUGUGGACACUCCUAUGAAUAGGUCAGGACCUCAGCCAAACAGGUUCCCGGGGCCGAAUUACCCACCGCAGAACAAACCGCAGCAAAAACCGGGUCCCUUUGACAAGCCUUCCGGACCAUUUGACAAGUCUUCCGGACCAUAUAACAAGCCUUCCGGACCAUUUGACAAGCCUUCCGGAUCAUUUGACAAGCCUUCCGGACCGUAUGACAAACAUUCUGGACCAUAUGACAAACAUUCCGGGCCUUAUGACAAGCCGUUCGAUCGUCAAGACAAGCCAUAUGAUAAAGAUUACGGCUUUCGCCCGGUCGACGCAUGUCACCCGGUCGACGAAUGUCCCCAGGACGACGUAUGUCUCCCGGACGACGAAUGUCCCCCGGACGUCGUAUGUCCCCCGGACGUCGUAUGUCACCCGGACGUCGUAUGUCACCCGGACGUCGAAUGUCGCCCGUCCGUCGAAUGUCUCCAGGGCGGAUGUCGCCAGGUAGACGGAUGUCCCCUGGACGACGGGAUGAUAGAAGGUCACCGGGGCGUAUGGGGCCAGGAAAGGCAGUGGACACAGUUUAACUACUGGGCGUUUAAGUUCGCCCGAUUCUGUGCGGACCGUGACUACUCGACAGAUCCCAUCGCUCCCUGGAUGGAGUUGUACCACCCGGCCAAUCUUCCACUUCAUGGGGCUACAUUGCUCAUUGACAAUGAGCACGAGCGUCCCGACGAUGAUGUUUUUCUGGUCAUCGAACCACUUGUGGCGUUGCUGCAAGUGGAGCCCGGCAGACCACAGUGGAAUGCUCAUCGCAUAUCGCCCGCCAAGCGAUCGCCAGAUCGCCGCCCAGAACCGGGCAACGCAAGGUACUCUCCAACUCGCCACAUGGAUAAACAUGACGACUUCAGAGACAAAACCAUCCGACCUGCCUACGAACCGACCCCUCAAGCUCCAAAUCAAGCUAUGUACUCAGGUGGAUACCGCCCGAACGUCGACAAGGAUUAUCCCAAACCCGGGCGGCCCCUGGAACCGCCAUCGCCCUGGCAGCAGAACAGGGACAAACCUAUCCGACCAGAUAUGAUAAAGCGGGACGACGAACGAAUCCCACCACGUAUGCCGUUCGACAGACAAGGAAAGGACAUCAGACCUCAUUCACCGAGAAAGAGUCGAUCCCCCACUCGCAGAGACAAGUCUCAAGAUAGAUUCAAAAGACAUUCGCCUUCUCCGCGCUCGCCCCGCCGCUCUUGGGCGCUAGAGAAACGACGAAGCCCUGAAAUUAGAGAGGCCCCGCCACCACCCAUUUGGCCAGGGCAAGGUCCUCCAGAAGAAAAAAGACCAGACUUUGAAGAAAAGAGAAGACCCGUGUGGGAAUAUGAUAAGACGGCUCUCGAUGUCAGACGACCCGAGGAGGAACGAAGAUUCCCCCCGCAAGAAACUAUUCAUGACUUCAACGUCAAUAAGCCGAAGUUUAGUCCGCGAGAUGAUUUCGAAGACAAGAGAUCUAAGUUUCCGCCGUUCGACGACAAAAGACCCAAAUUUUCACCGCGGGAAGAAUUCACCAAACCGCCCGUAUGCAGAGACCCACCGCGUGACGAGUUCGAAGACAUCAGGAAAGACCCGAAAUACACUCGAGACUUCGACAGACCCAAAUUCAGUCCUAGAGACGAUUUUAACGAUGGUCGCGAUGAUUUCCGAAGGCACGAUGAUGAAAGAAAAUGGGACGCGCCCAAACCGGCUGAAAGAGAGGAUUACAGAAGAGAUGCUCCCGCGAAGAGACCUGAAGCAGCAAGAAUGGAAUUGCACAGGGAGGUUCUCCGGAAGAUGUCCGAAGAACUGGAUAAAGACUUCGAAGAUGUACACAAAAGAGCGCGAGAUUUCCAAAAGAGAGCUGAGGAGUUCCGCCGAGACGAUCGCAAGAGGGACUACGAUCGCAGAGAACCAGAGCCGAAGACGUACGAAGACCGCCCGAAGUAUGAAGAUAGGCCAAAACCUCGCGAUGAUGACCACUUCCGUUACGAAGAGCGCAGAAAAGAAGACUGGAACACCGAGGAACACAUCAAAUCUAAAGCCAUCAAAGCCAAAAAAGAUAAAGCGAUCGAGGAAAUUACACAGAAAAUCCUUGACAAGCACAACAUCGACUCUGAAGCGGAACAGAACAAGCGUGUCUGUCAGGAAUUGAAGCUCGCCGUUAGCAGAGUCUUUACCGAAAUGUUCGGGGACAGCGAUGUAUCGUUCAUAGAGCUGAUAGUGAAAUUCAACGCCAAAUACAGCGGAGCUGGCGAGGACAAGAUUCUCAGAGAUGUCAUGUCAAGUUUCCCGAGUCAAUUCAGACCGAAACGUUCCAAUCCAGACUAUUCUGACGCCCCUCCCAAAAGCGUUAAGCGCUUUAAUGAGCCAUCUUCAACUCAAGGCGAUAGUAAAACUAAGCCGCAUGGCAGGACCUACGCUCCGGUUACGAAGACAAAGUUCGUGAAAGAGAUCGGCGCAAAAGAAUACUUGAAGCAAAGUCCGGCAAAAAGAGCAAGAGUGGAACAGUUCUAUGAAGAUGCAAGAAGACAGGCUUCUAAGAAUAUGCAUAAAUUGACGGAGUCCAAGCCAGUCGCUACAGCAAAAGUAAUCGAGAAGAAACCAGCUCUUUAUAACGAGUCCAAAAAUGCUACAGACGAACCCCCGAAACCCAAAAGGAUACGUCAACGACGGAAACCAGAACAAAAAGUAAAGAGCGACGCAGAAAAGGACUUAGACAAAGCAGAGGCGAAAGAUGCAGCUUCGGUCGCAGAGUUGCUGAAUGAAUUAAGGAAGGAGCUACUAGCUAAUAAAGCAUCCGACAAGCAAACGGAGACUAACCAAAAGGACGAGAAUCAACUCGACGACAUCACAGCCAAUGUACUACAGGACGAAUUGAAGCAGAUUAUGAUUAAGGUGUGGCAAGAGUUACCAGAUUCACCGCCUACGGACGCCGAGGACGUGGUCGCAGACAAGUUCAGAAACGAAGCGGGGGAUGAUUUGAUGAAUGCGAUGGGGCUGAAUGUUACAGCAAGAUUAUUAAAUCUGCACAAUCCACUUUAUGCUAAGCUCUAUUUCUCCGGGAAACCCGAAGCGGGUUGCCUCCAAGCCUUCAUUAGCGAGCACAAAAUAACAGCCUUCAAACGCAUAGCUCACAGCGACAGAGACGUAUUCGCGGCGCGUUUCGACCAUAUAGCGGACUUCGACCGACUGUGCGUUCAUAGUGAAGUCAAGUGUGGUAGCGCCACGGUAGGAAUCGUCCCAUGCUACAAAUAUUUCUCCAGUCCGCCAUCUCUAAAAUCCGUAUAUGCCGACAGUAUCGCCAAAAUUAAAAAUAAAACUGAUUCUAGUCAAGAAAAAACUGAUACAAAUAAAAAAGAGAAAGUUACAGAUAAGAACAAGAUCGUUAACGCUGAAGGUAAGAAAGCUACAGAAAAAGAAGUAGCAAAAACACCAAAUGCUACUAAAACAGUAACAGCUCCAACAAAGGCAGAAGAAAAAACAGUUACAGUAAAAACAACACAAGAAAAACCUAAAACAGUAGUGAAAGAAACUCCCAAAGCUCCAGUAGAAGUUACUCCUAAUAAAGUUGACAAGACAGUUAAAGCUACAACACAAGAAAAACCAAAGCCUAAAGAAACUGUGAAAGCUGUUUCAGCGGAAACGAAAAAGGUGACUCCUAAGAAAGUUGAGAAUAAUGUUACUAAGGAUAAAAAGGUAAAAGAUAGUUUUGAUGACAUGAUGGUGGUAGAUGAAGAAAUAGGUGAAGAAGAUGAUGAGGAAAUGACUGAUCAGGAUAUAUUGGCUCUGAUGUCUGGGGGAAUAGUUUUAGAUGAAUGUAGUGGCACUGAUGAUGAGAAAUAAGAUAUAAUAAAUGGUAAACGCAGACGACGCUUAUACGGUUAUUCCUUUCACCGAGGUCAAAUAAGAGAAAAAACUAAAAAAGACCAUAGACAAAUAACCUGUCGAGGGAACUACGCUCUUAAGGCUUUUACAGACUUUGCAACCACUUAUCGCAUGCGAUUAUUGGUGACGUUUGUAGAGGCCAUUAGCGUUUAUUAGAAUAAGAAUCCAUUUAUUUGAGUCACAAUUAUUUAAGUAAGGAAUUCAUGUUAUGUUUCGCCAUAUAAAAAUAAAAGGUUUUAUCACACUUUAAUUUUAUUCAUGAGUAUUGUUGUUUACAUUGAGUAUUUAUGAAUUAUUUUGGUGUUUCCGUUGUGUUAGGAAUCUCCUCUUCGACCUGAAAAACAAUAUACCACGUUAAAUAAAGAAA